UGCAGUGAAUUAAAUUUAGAGAUAGUAACAAACAGCGCAAGCAACGAAGAUCAACAUUAUAUGAUAAAUUAUGUUGGAUCCUCUGAUAAUAUUCUAAAAAUAUCGAUUUCGCGCAAAGUUGUUGAACUACGAAUGACAUCAUCUUUCAAGUUUCAACCUUCUGGUUCAGAAAUUACUUAAUUGUUCGAAUGAUGUUGCGAGACAAUGUACUGAUUUUAUGCUGAUUAUAAAUAUUUUCGUUCGUAAUUGAUUAUUUAAUUUCUUUACCCUAUACAAAAGAAGUUAGAGAAAAUGAGCGUCAGUAAAGAAGCAACUGCAAUUAACGUCGCAAAAAAAACCUCAAAUGACUUCAAUAUAGCAGCAUUUGCUUAUAGUGCCUUGAAAAAAAUAGCUACAGUAGGAUGUAUAUAUUUCUUCGGAUACAUGAACUGGUCAGUUGGCUGGUUCGUUGCACCAAUAAUAUUUUUGAUAAUGCGUGAGCAAUGGAAAGAAACCGCAGACAAUAAAAGGAAUAUAGCGAAAACUAUAGCAUCAUCAAAUGAGAAAGAUGUAGUUUUAGCGCGAUUAGAUGAGCUUCCAUCAUGGGUAUUUUUUCCAGAUGUUGAGAGAGUUGAAUGGUUAAACAGAAUAAUUCAACAAGUUUGGCCAAACGUUAACAAUUAUACAAGAGAACUAAUUCGAGACACCAUACAACCCAUAAUUAAGGAUAGUUUGGAGGUUUACAAAAUGAAGGGAUUCAAAUUUGAAAGGAUAAUUCUUGGCAGUAUCCCUGUAAGAAUUGGUGGCGUGAAAGUUUAUGACAAGAACACAGAUAGAAAUGAGAUAAUUAUGGAUUUGGAUAUAGUAUAUGCUGGAGACUGCGACAUUACAUUUUAUGUUGCGGGUAUCAAAGGAGGCAUCAAAGAUCUCCAGUUGAAAGGAAUGAUGCGUGUUGUAAUGAAACCCUUAAUCUCUUCAAUUCCAUUAGUAGGUGGUGUACAAGUGUUUUUCCUAAACAAUCCAGAAAUAGACUUCAAUUUGGUUGGAGUAGCAGAUCUACUUGAUAUGCCUGGCCUGGGAGAUUUGUUCAGGAAGAUAAUAACUGAAAUAAUUGCUUCAAUGUUGGUUCUGCCUAAUAAAUAUACCAUGAAAUUAAGUGAAGAAGUAGACACAAUAGAAAUGAAGGCCCCAGAACCAGAGGGUGUGUUGAGGGUACAUGUUGUAGAAGCUAAGCAUUUAAUGAAAAAAGACCUUGGAGUACUUGGUGGGGGAAAAUCUGACCCUUACGCUGUUGUUACUGUUGGUGCUCAAGAAUACAAAACUGGGGUUGUAAAGAACUCUUUAGAUCCAAAAUGGGAUUACUGGUGUGAGUUCAUUAUAACUGAAGUAUACGGACAGCAACUAUUUGUUCACUUGUGGGACUCAGAUGAUGCUUUGGACGAUGAGAGUCUUGGUAGGGCCACGGUGGAUAUUUCCAAUAUUGUCAAACAAGAACAAGCAGACAUGUGGCUUACUUUAGAGAAUGCCAAACAUGGAAUGGUUCAUAUGAGAUUCACAUGGUUAAGUUUGAGCAACAAUGUGAAUGAUUUGAAGGCUGCUCUAAUUGAAGCUCAGUUAUUAGGUUCAGAGAAAGUGAGCACAGCCUUGUUGUGCGUUUUUGUGGAUUCUGCUAGAAAUUUACCACUCGCAAGACAAUCCAGUCAACCUGACCCUUAUGCAGUUUUAAGAUUGGGAGAUUCUACAAAGCAGACCCAAAUCAUUAUGAGAAAUCCAGAUCCUGUAUGGGAAGAAGGAUUUAUAUUCCGGGUACAAAAUCCUAAUAUCGAUAUCCUGCAUUUGAGGAUUGUGGACAAGAAAACAGGUCACGAUAUCGGCAGCUUUGAGUUUGGGGUCAAGAGUUUACUCAACAAAGAAAAAAUGGAGUUGAAUAGAGAGCCGUUUAGGUUGCAGCGCUCUGGAACAGAUAGCAGGAUCUUAUGGUCUUUGAAACUCAAGAUUUUAAAACUCGCUGGUUUAACUCAUGAACCCAUGCAAAAUGAUGAACCACCAGUUAUAGCAGAUGAAAGCACACCUCUUCUUGCUGAACGUACAACUGGUUCUCCAGGCCGACAAAGUCCGGCUAAAGCUCAUACUUUACCGAAACAGCCAAGUACUGAGAGUCGACUUGAAUAUAAAAUUGAUGAUUCAUCGGUAUGCCUUGAAUCUACUGUGCCGAUCAAUGAUACAUCUUGUGACAGAAUCAUCCAUCGUAAUCCUAGCCAGACAUCAUCUUCAGGGGAGGCAGGUCUAGGUCGAUUACAGCUAACUCUUCAAUACAGCACACAAAGGCAAAAACUAGUUGUUGUUGUGCAUAAAAUUGCGCACAUACCAUUAAGAGAUCCGUCUAACAUCCCAGAUCCUUAUGUAAAAUUGUAUUUAUUACCAGGAAGGUCCAAAGAAAGCAAAAGAAAAACAGCGACAAUAAAGGAUAAUUGUAACCCAGUUUUUGAAGAAAGUUUCGAGUAUUUGAUUUCACAAAAUGAACUUAUUAAUAAAAAAUUGGAAAUAACUGUUUGUACGCAGAAAGCAUUAUUUUACUCGAGUUCAAAUAUCCUUGGUCAGGUUGUAAUAGAUUUGUGCAAAUUGGAUAUAGAUAAGUCCUACAGCUCAUGGUUUGACUUGCAACCGGAAUAUUCCCACAGUGACUAAAGCAGAUGGUAAUAUGAAUUUUGCUACAAAGAAAG